AAUGAAUAAUUAGCCAGUGUACUAUAAUGGUAGCUAUGUAGCAUAUUCUUACACUACAGCUUCGUCUUACUGUAGAAGUGUUGUUUGUUUGCAGUCAGCCGGUGCUGACGGGUCCCUCGCUGUGAUAAAUACAGACAGAUGGCGACUCAUGUCUCUAAAUACUGUAAAUGGAUUAUCCCCCGGUAAUCCUGUGUAAACUACUCUAGUAACUGUGAAACACUGACGGUGAGCAUCACUGCCAGUGUUGUCAUCUGCUGUGAAACCCGAUAUCACUAACAGAUGUUCUCCUGGGCUCAGAGCAUCCUAGUUAGCUGCUUUGUUGGAUGUUAACCCUAACGUCACACUGGAGCAGCAUCUGAGCUAAACUGAGAGGCAUUUAGACUGACCAGAACGACGGGGGGCACUUGUGCUGCCCUGCCCUCCACUCUCCACCCAUGUGCACACCACUGAUUUGCCCUCAAAAAGCCCAUUAAGGCAGAGUGACACAGUCAUCUGCAUGCCAUGAUGAAGGCAGCAGCAGCAGCCUGUGGUUGUGUGAGGCAGCUCGAAGCAGAGGGGCGGGGAGGGGGCGCAGCCGGAGCUCACAUUCAUUAACGACCACCGACAACCGGGAAGCCUCCUCCGGUAGCACCAACGCGCACACCGACACACGGCCGAGGAAGAUGGUCGCGGUGCAGACGUCCCCCAACUCGUCUCCGUCGGCGGAGUGGAUCUGCUGCCUGGAUAAAAGGCCCUCGGAGCGCUCGGGAGAGGAUGUGGACAUUAUUCUGACCAGACUGAGAGAGGUCAAAGCCUUCCAUAGGUUCCCACCUCCGCUCUUGCUCCAGAUCUGUGCCUGUGCCUUCUAUGAAUGCUUGGAGAAAGGCAUCACGUUGUUUCGACAGGGAGACAUAGGCACCAGCUGGUAUGCUGUCCUGUCUGGCUCUCUGGAUGUCAAAGUGUCAGAAACUGCCAACCACAAGGAUGCAGUCACUAUCUGUACACUGGGGAUUGGGACAGCGUUUGGGGAGUGCAUCCUGGACAACACACCACGCCAUGCUACCAUUGUCAGCAGAGAGACAAGCGAGCUGCUCCGCAUCGAACAGAGGGAAUUCAAGAGCCUCUGGGAGAAGUAUCGUCAGAGCUUGGCUGGACUGUUGGCCCCUCCUUAUGGAGCUAUGGAGAGUGGAUCCAACAAUGACCGACUCACAGAGAAAGACAACAUGAACUCAGACUCUGCAAACAAAGCUCACAACAAGAUACCUUCAGAGAAGCUGCAGAGAGCGGGGAAGGUUCUCCGCAACGCCAUCCUGUCCAGAGCCCCACACAUGAUUCGAGACAGGAAGUACCACCUCAAGACAUACAGACAAUGCUGUGUAGGCACAGAGCUGGUGGAUUGGUUGGUGCUGCAGAGUGCCUGUGUUCUCACACGGUCCCAUGCUGUUGGGAUGUGGCAGGCACUACUAGAAGAAGGGGUGCUCAACCAUGUGGACCAGGAGCUGGGUUUCCAGGACAAGUACCUGUUCUACCGUUUUCUUGACGAUGAGGAGGAGGACACGCCGUUGCCUAGUGAGGAGGAGAAGAGGGAGAGUGAGGAAGAGCUGCCAGAGACCAUCCUCUUCCUCGCUCAGAUCGGCCCUGACGCGCUGCUGCGUAUGAUCCUCAGGAAAUCGCCUGGUCAGAGGACAGGGGAUGACCUAGAGAUCAUCUAUGAUGAGCUGCUUCACAUCAAGGCCUUAGCUCACCUCUCCAACACUGUGAAGAGGGAACUGGCGAGUGUUGUGAUCUUCGAGUCGCAUGCAAAAGCUGGAACUGUGUUAUUCAACCAAGGAGAGGAGGGCACAUCAUGGUACAUCAUCCAGAAGGGCUCUGUCAAUGUGGUUAUCUACGGCAAGGGUGUGGUGUGUACACUCCACGAGGGCGAUGACUUUGGGAAGUUGGCCCUGGUUACAGAUUCACCUCGUGCGGCCUCCAUCGUCCUGAGAGAGGACAACUGCCACUUCCUUCGUGUGGACAAGGAAGACUUCAACAGGAUACUCAGGGAUGUGGAAGCCAACACAGUGCGUUUGAAAGAGCAUGAACAAGCUGUGCUGGUGUUAGAAAAGAGUCCUCGCGCCUCCACCCUGGGAAGCAUCAAGUAUGUGUACACUGUGAUAUCAGGAACUCCAGAGAAGAUUCUUGAGCACUUCCUCGAGACCAUGAGGAUGGACGUACAUCACAGUGAACCAGACCCAGCAGUGGAUGAUUUUGUCCUCAUGCACUGUAUCUUCAUGCCCAACAGCCAGCUGUGCCCUCUACUCAUGGCACACUACCAUGCGGCAUCUCCGCCUGGCUCUGAACAGGAGAGGUUGGAGUAUGCGCUCAACAGUAAGAGGAGGGUCCUCAUUCUGACCCUUCGCUGGGCUAACACACACACAUACAUGCUACAGGAGGAGGCUGCUCCAAGCUCGUUCCUUGAGGACUUGUAUGGGAGUUUAUCAAAUGAUUCUCGGAUGUUAAGAGCUUUGAAAGACUUGGUUCCUGACCUGGAGAAAGUCGUCAAAUUACAUUCGGAAGAAGCCAACUCCACAAAAAAGAAAACCCUAAUACGACAGUUCAGCAAUGGAGAGGAAAGGCUGCAGAAGAAACAGCCCAUUAGGAAUCAAGAUGACAUCCUACUGAAGGUGUACUGCAGUGAUCACACAUACACUACUAUCCGGGUUGCCGUGGCAGCGACGGGAAGAGAAGUGAUCAGCGCUGUGGCCGACAAACUUGGCACCACUGAUGAGCUCCUGUUGGUCCAGCUCAGCUCUGCUGGUGAAAAACAAAUCCUGAAGCCUAAUGACGUGUCCGUGUUUUCUGGUCUGAGCAUCAACGGGCGAUUAUUUGCCUGUCCUCGAGACCAGCUCAACAGUCUGACUCCUCUUCCAGACCAGGAAGGUCCCUCUGCAGGCUCCAUGUCAACUUUUGAGCUGAUGAGUUCCAAGGACCUGGCCUACCAAAUGACCAUGUUUGACUGGGAGCUCUUCAGCUGUGUGCAUGAGCAUGAGCUGCUCUACCACACGUUUGGCCGGCAGAGCUUUAGGAGAACCACGGCCAAUUUGGACCUGUUCCUGAGGAGGUUCAACCAGGUGCAGCUGUGGGUGGUCACUGAGGUCUGUCUCUGCGGACAGCUCAGCAAGAGAGUCCAGCUCCUCAAGAAGUUCAUCAAGAUCGCUGCACACUGUCGGGAGUUUAAGAACCUGAAUUCAUUCUUUGCCAUCAUUAUGGGGAUGAGCAACCCUGCUGUCAGCAGAUUGAGCCAGACGUGGGAGAAACUCCCCACCAAGUUUAAGAAGUUCUAUGCGGAGUUUGAGAGUAUGAUGGACCCUUCAAGAAACCACCGGUCCUACCGACUCACUGUCACCAAACUGGAACCACCAAUCAUCCCCUUCAUGCCCCUCCUUCUCAAAGAUAUGACAUUUACACAUGAGGGCAACAAGACCUUCAUUGAUAAUAUGGUCAAUUUUGAGAAAAUGCGUAUUAUAGCUAACACAAUUCGGCAAGUGAGGCACUGUAGAAGCCAGCCGUUCAAUCCAGACAUAUGCCAACCCAAUAAGAAUCAAGCGGAGGUACGGGGUUACGUUAGGAAGCUGUGUGUGAUCGACAACCAGAGGGCACUGACGCAGCUCUCCUACAGGAUGGAGCCUCGGCGGACAUGAGCUCCAAAUCUUCCACCACCAUCGCCUUCUCUGUGACGUUAGCAUAAAAAAAACCUAACACACAUUACCUAGAUAAAAUAACUCGACACAGCUGGUCGUUCAGUAGCAAAUUACAACAGUCAAUGACUUUAGCACUCUCAUGGACUAGUAUGGAUCAAGGACUUAUACUGUGCCAUUAAAAGCCUCUUUUUCCUGGACAGAAACUGUUCAGCUGCUCUCUUGUUGCUGUGUCUCAGCCCAAAGACUGAGGGUUUUAAACGUACUAGUCGUUACUGUUUGGGACCUGUUAGAUAGAACUGUAAUGUAUAGAACUUGAAUCAAUAUCUUGCAUGACUGAACUUCAUAGGCUGUGUGUUCUAUACAGUGGAUUUCUAUCGGAGUGUCCUGUAAUGUUGUGCUACCCUAAAUGAACCCUAGUUUACAAUAUAUAACUGUUCCUGCCUGUAAAGCAAAACCAUACUCUCCUGAUGGUCCCACUCAUUGUCAGAAAACCCAGAAAACCCCAUAAACUGUAGUAACAGAGAUUCUUCAUUUUCCCUGUUGAAUAUACAGAUAAAUAUGAAAUUUGAAAGUACUUAUUUACUACAUAAUCUACAUGAUUAUACCCAAGUCUUUAAAACUCUUUAGGAUUUGAUGUCCUUUAAGUAAAUAUCUGUGUCCCUUAACUAGUCGGACACUUCAAAACUACUAAACAGAGUAUUAGUUGGAAUAAAGCCCUAAUGGUAUUGCAAACAGUGUUCAAAUUUGUCACUACAGUAUUGCGUUUUAUUUUUGCGUUGCGAGUACAACUCCUGAAGAAUGGUAUGAUCUGUUCUGAGGUCAGCUGUAUAAGCAAAUCGUACUCCUUUGAUUUGGAAGCGCUGAUCCCAGAUGCGGAGUCUAAAUCUUCUCAUCUCUACCAGUUGUGAUCAGUCGGUGUAAUUUUAUUUUUAUAUAUGUGGGUGUAGAUUUUGAGUGUGUUCUUGACGAAGUGUCAUUAAUUUUUCCUUUGAUCUCAGGAGUUUUUUGAUGUGAUUGUGUGUGUCGAGAACUGCCGUGAGGCUGGCUUUCCCCAGAGCAGCCUGUAACUGUACUAUAUGUGUGGUCUGCCUUGUAAAUAAAAAUAGCUAAUUUAACAGUG